AUGUCGGAUUCGACAAGAAAUUUGGAUGCCUGCAAGGAAGCUUCACCAAAUGUUUCCAUCGACUCCUUAAGGAAGAAAUACGAAGAAAACUCCGAUGUCAACCCUUUGACAUCACCACCGCCAGAGAAGAAAUCGUUCAGGUCUAGAUUUCGUUUCACGGCAGAUACCUCGGACCAUCCACCAGAGAUUUUCAAUGCUACGUUGUACCUUUCGAUUUUCCUUUUUGGCUUGUUUGGUGCUGCUAGAGGCUUGGACGAAGGUAACAUAUCGGGAAACAUUGCCAACCCGUCGUUUAUUGCUCGAUUUGGCUUGAAUGAUAAAAGCAAGACCAAGGACCAAUUGGCCAAUUUAAAGUCAAACAUCACCUCCAUGGUGCAGCUCGGUGCUAUAGGAGGCGCCAUCAUUGCCAUGAAGUCUGUUGACUUUUUGGGGCGUGUGAGAGCUAUGCAGUUUGUAUGUGUAAUUUGGAUUGUUGGUGUCAUUAUCCAAAUCACGUCGUCGCUGGUGGGUCAGUUGUACGCGGGUAGACUAAUUGAAGGUUUGGCUGUGGGGCAGACCGCGGCUAUUGGUCCCGUCUACAUGUCUGAAGUUGCUCCGAGUCCCAUUCGAGGCUUGGCCAACUGCAUCUUUGCUGGUGCCGUUUACUUAGGUAUCAUGUUGGGAUACUUUGUCAACUAUGGUAGCGUGUUGCACAUCCCCACCCACACGCCUCAAGGUGGCAUCAAUGACAAGCAAUGGCGCGUGACUUUGUCCAUCAAGUUGAUCAUGUCCGGAUUGAUCUUCAUCUUGUCGCUCUUUAUCAGCGUUGAGAGUCCCAGAUGGUUGUUGAAAAAGGGGAAAGCGGAAGAGGCAUUGGCCAAACUAUCCAAAUUGAGAAGAUUACCCACUGAUCACCCGUAUAUCGUGGCUGAGAUUAGCGACAUUAAUGAGCAAGUGAUGCUGGAAAGAGACGCAAUGAAAAACUCAAACCUUUUCACUUUUUUCAAGCAGUUUUUCACAUCCAAGAGCAUUGCUUAUAGGUUUGUGUUUAUUGCCGGGGCAACCCAAUUGCUUGGUCAGUGGAGUGGCGCAAACGCAGUGACCAUUUACGCCUCAGAAUUGUUUGCCCUUGUGGGUGUGAAAGGUAUUGACAAGUUGAAAAUGUCUGCCGUCCUCGGAGUGGUCAAGUUUGUUUCCGCGUAUCUUUCUGCGUUCUUUAUCAUUGAUAUCUUGGGCAGGAAGCGCGCCUUGUACAUUGGCAUCGCUGGCCAAAUGUGCUGCUUGUUGUAUUAUGCCAUCUUCCUAACCGUUGUGCCACAAGCUGCUCACGAUGGUGCCGUGAUUGUUGGGUCGGCAAAAAGGGCUUCCACGGGCGCGUUGGCUGCUAUUUUCCUUAGUGGAACUUUUUGGACAGUGGGGUUCAACUCCGUUCAAUACUUAAUUGGCGCUGAAAUUUUCCCCUUGGGCAUUCGUUCUUUUGCCCAGUCCUUGGUGAUGAUUUUGCAUUUUGCCAACCAGUACGGAAACUCAAAAGCAUUGCCCAAGAUGAUGAUUGCCAUGAACAGCUACGGCGCUUUCUAUUUUUUCGUGGGUGUUCUUGCAAUCUCGCUCGUUUGGGCGUUUUUCUUGCCCGAGUUGAAAGGAAGAAGCUUGGAGUCGAUUGAAGAGGUGUUUACUUUGCCAUGGUACAAAUUGAGAAGGUGCAACACUUUGGUGCCUGACCACUCGCAAAUCCACAAGAUCAGGUAUACAAAUAGCAGGGCCGGCAACACUGGCUUUGACCACAUCCAAUACGAUUUGGAGAAGAAUAAGCCCAGCAGUGAGUUUGUCGAAGACUUGAUGCAACGCACGUCGAAUGACGCCGAGAAGGAAGAGGACGAGAAAAAGGUUUAA